UCACUGUCAAAUUAGAAAUCAUUGAUUGUUGCGGCUGCAGAUGUCCGUCGGUGUUUUAACUAAAAUUAGUCAUAUUAGAAAGUUGUAAUUUACCCAUAACAUCAUGGGAGACUCCCUCGACGGGAGCGAAAACGCCCCGGAGGCGCAAAACGUAGUUGUAGUCGAUUUCCAAGAUUUUGCGAAUUACUUGCGUCGAGCUGCAACGGUACUUUUGCCUGAGGAUGACAUAGUUCCCCCGGCACUAAAUGCUGCACUCGACGACAAAGUGAAUCAGGAAUGCAUUAGGAAAUUCAUAACUGACCCGCAAGUGUCGUCGUUGUAUGUCCAGAGGUUUUCACUGAAAGAAGAUGAAAGCGAACAGCCCACAGAGGGUGAAGAAGAAAAGGAAGCUGUCUCGUACCAAAUCAGCAAUGAGGUGCACUUUACAUCGCCUCAUGUUGCAGCACUUGUCUGCAUCAAGCGUGGCUCCGUCAUAGAAGCUGACAAGUCCAUCCACAGUCAACUGCGUCUAAUCAAUCUGUCUGAUGGCUCACCAUAUGAAACUCUCCAUGCUUUCAUCAGCAAAACCAUGGCACCCUUCUUUAAGAGUUAUGUCAAGGAAAGCGGCAGAGCUGAUAGGGAUGGAGACAAGAUGGCACCAUCAGUGGAAAAGAAGAUUGCAGAGUUAGAAAUGGGCUUGCUGCAUUUGCAGCAGAAUAUUGACAUCCCCGAAAUAACACUCCCGGUCCAUCCUUUAGUUGCUGCUGUUAUUAAAAGAGCCGCAGAUGAAGGGCGCAAGCCUCGUGUAGCGGAUUUUGGCGACAAAGUGGAAGACUCCACCUUCCUAAACCAACUCCAAAAUGGUGUUAAUCGCUGGACUAAAGAAAUACAAAAGGUUACAAAAUUAGACAGAGAUCCAUCCAAUGGUACAGCUCUGCAAGAGAUUUCGUUUUGGCUCAAUCUUGAAAGGGCACUUCAUCGUAUACAGGAGAAGAGGGAAAGCAUUGAGGUUGCCUUAACAUUGGAUAUUCUCAAGUAUGGCAAGAGGUUCCACCCCAUUGUGUCAUUUGAUACAGACACAGGUCUCAAACAGGCUCUUGCCACAGUCUCUGACUAUAAUCCCCUGAUGAAAGACUUUCCUAUUAAUGAUUUGCUUAGCGCAACUGAACUUGAGAGAAUAAGACUUGCAGUACAGCAAAUAUUUUCCCAUCUGCGUAAAAUUCGUUCAACUAAGUACCCAAUACAACGUGGGUUAAGGCUUGUUGAAGCUAUCUCUCGAGAUUUAGGUCAACAGUUACUAAAGGUGCUAGGAACUCGUCGAUUGAUGCACAUCCCAUUUGAGGACUUCGAGCGCGUCAUGACGCAAUGCUUCGAAGUGUUCUCCUGCUGGGAUGAUGAGUACGAGAAACUGCAAGGCCUUUUAAGGGACAUAGUAAAAAAGAAGCGCGACGAGCACCUCAAGAUGGUGUGGCGCGUGUCGCCAUCGCACAAGCGGCUGCAGGCGCGCAUGGAGCACAUGCGCCGCUUCCGCCGACACCACGAGCAGCUGCGCACGGUCAUGCUCCGAGUACUGCGUCCGCGUGCCGCCGCUGCUACGGAGACGGGCGCAGCGGGCGAGCCUGCGCAGCCGCACUCGCUUACCAUGGACGCUGCUGACGCUAACGCUAUCGCUGAGGUAAACCUAGCAUAUGAGAAUGUGAAGGAAGUAGACUGCCUGGAUAUAUCGCGUGAAGGGUGCGACGCCUGGGAAGCUGCCGUACGACGCUAUGAAGAUAGAAUCGAUCGCGUUGAGACUCGCAUCACGGCUCACCUUCGCGACCAGCUGGGCACCGCCAAGAACGCCAAUGAAAUGUUCCGCAUCUUCUCGCGUUUCAACGCUCUGUUCGUGCGCCCGCACAUCCGGGGCGCCAUCCGCGAGUACCAGACGCAGCUCAUACAGCGAGUCAAGGACGACAUCGAGGCCUUGCAUGAGAAGUUCAAGGUCCAGUACCCACAAUCCAAAUGCAGUCGUCUGUCGUUAGUACGCGACCUACCACCGGUUGCAGGCUCCAUAAUAUGGGCCAAGCAAAUUGACCAUCAGCUGACUGCGUACUUGAAACGCGUAGAAGACGUUCUUGGUAAAGGAUGGGAGAACCACAUUGAAGGACAGAAGCUAAAGGCAGAUGGAGACAGCUUCCGUCAGAAACUUAACACUCAAGAAGUUUUCGAUGACUGGGCUCGUAAGGUGCAGCAACGUAAUUUGGGAGUAUCCGGUCGCAUCUUCGCGAUAGAGUCCGUGCGCGCUCGUUCCAGCAAAACUGGCACUGUUCUCAAACUGAAGGUCAACUUUUUGCCGGAAAUCAUCACCCUGUACAAGGAAGUGCGGAACCUGAAGAACUUGGGUUUCAGGGUACCUCUUGCGAUCGUCAACAAAGCACACCAGGCGAAUCAGCUGUAUCCGUUUGCUAUUUCUCUUAUUGAAAGCGUCCGCACUUACGAACGCACUCUGGAAAAGAUACGCGACAAGGCAUCAAUAAUACCAUUAGUGGCUGGGCUCCGGCGUGAUGUACUGAACCAAGUGUCAGAAGGCAUGGCUCUUGUGUGGGAGUCCUACAAACUGGAUCCAUAUGUGCAGAAGCUAAGCGAAGUCGUGCUCAUAUUCCAAGAAAAGGUGGAAGACCUUUUAGCAGUGGAGGAGCAGAUUUCCGUGGACGCUCGUUCGCUGGAGACAUGUCCGUAUUCGGCGCAAAGCUUAGCGGAUAUACUGAGCCGACUCCAGCGGGCUAUUGAUGACCUGUCCUUGCGCCAGUACAGCAACUUGCAUCUGUGGGUGCAGCGCCUUGACGAAGAGGUUGAGAAGAGUCUCGCUGCAAGACUGCAGGCCGGUAUCGAGGCGUGGACCGCCGCUCUGUUGGGAAAGAUCAACGAACUGGACCUUUCCAUGGAUACGUACUCACCAGCUGAGCCCACACACAAGCCGGGCGGAGAACCUCAGAUCGCUCGCGUGGUCCACGAAGUGCGCAUCACAAACCAGCAGAUGUACCUGUUCCCUUCGCUGGAAGAGGCGCGAUUCCAGCUCAUGCGGCAGAUGUUCGCGUGGCAGGCCAUCGUCACGAGCCAGCACCGUCUGCAGAGCACCAGAUACCAAGUGGGAGUGGCCCGUGCUCAAACGGCUACAUACAGAAACUUGCUCACAAAGCUGCCCGGAGGAUCGUCCCCGCUGGAAAAUGCAUACGACGCGAUUGAACAGAAGAUAUCGCAAGUCCGUGAAUACGUCGACGAAUGGCUUCGUUAUCAAGCCCUGUGGGAUCUACAGCCAGACAGUUUGUACGGACGUCUCGGAGAAGAUAUCACCUUAUGGAUCAAGUGUCUGAAUGAUAUCAAGAAAUCUCGCACAACAUUCGACACGUCAGACACCCGUCGCGAGUACGGGCCCGUUGUAAUCGACUUCGCGCGCGUGCAGAGCAAAGUGGCUCUGAAGUACGACGCUUGGCACAAAGAGGUGUUGGGCAAGUUCGGGGCGCUGCUUGGCGGCGAGAUGGUGCAGUUCCAUGCCAGGCUUGCCAAGUCCAGGGGACAACUGGAGCAACAAACUAUUGAGGCAGCCUCCACAAGCGAUGCAGUUUGUCUCAUCACUUACGUACAACAACUGAAGAGAGAAGUACUGGCGUGGGAGAAGCAGGUUGACAUCUAUAGAGAGGCCCAGCGUAUACUCGAAAGACAAAGAUUCCAAUUCCCAGCACAAUGGCUGCACGUCGAUAACAUUGAAGGAGAAUGGAGCGCUUUCAAUGAAAUUAUGCGCAGGAAGGAUUCGUCCAUUCAAACUCAGGUUGCAUCACUCCAACAAAAGAUAGUCGCAGAAGACAAGGCUGUCGAGGCUCGAACUCUGGAGUUCCUUGGUGAAUGGGAACGCAGCAAGCCUACUGACGGCUCCACUAGACCAGAGGAUGCCUUGGCCAGGCUCCAGGCCAUGGAGACCAGAUACACUCGCCUGAAGGAUGAGAGAGAUAACGUCGCUAAAGCUAAGGAGGCACUGGAAUUGCAUGACACUGUGAGUUCAGUAAACAAUGAACGUAUGACGGUCGCUCUAGAAGAGCUGCAAGACUUGCGCGGAGUGUGGUCCUCGCUCAGCAAGAUCUGGACGCAGAUAGAUGACAUCAGGGAGAAGCCCUGGCUCUCUGUGCAGCCGAGAAAACUGAGGCAACAAUUGGAAGCAAUGUUAAACGAGUUGAAGGAGUUACCGGCUCGUCUACGUAUGUACGACAGCUACGAAUACGUUCGCAAAUUGCUUCAGUCAUACACCAAGGUAAACAUGCUGAUCGUCGAAUUGAAAUCGGAUGCUCUAAAAGAGCGUCACUGGCGCCAACUGUGCCGCGCGCUCAAAGUGGACUGGUCUCUGUCCGAGCUCACCCUCGGCCAGGUCUGGGAUGCUGACCUGCUGCACAACGAGCACACGGUCAAGGAUGUGGUGUCCGUGGCCCAAGGGGAGAUGGCGCUUGAAGAGUUCUUGAAGCAGGUGCGCGAGUCCUGGCAGAGCUAUGAAUUGGAUCUCAUCAACUAUCAGAACAAAUGCAAGAUAAUCCGAGGUUGGGACGAUCUGUUCAACAAAGUGAAGGAACAUAUCAACAGUGUGGCCGCCAUGAAGCUUUCGCCUUAUUAUAAGGUGUUUGAAGAAGAAGCAUUAACAUGGGAAGAGAAACUGAAUCGUAUCAACGCUCUGUUCGACGUAUGGAUCGACGUGCAGCGACGAUGGGUGUACCUCGAGGGCAUCUUCAGUGGUUCUGCUGAUAUCAAGACUUUGCUGCCGGUUGAGACUAGCCGAUUCCAAAGCAUAAGCUCUGAGUUUCUGGGUCUGAUGAAGAAAGUUAGCAAGUCGCCGAUGGUGAUGGACGUCCUCAACAUUCCGGGGGUGCAGCGAUCCCUGGAGCGUUUGGCAGAUCUUCUGGGCAAGAUACAGAAAGCGCUCGGAGAAUACUUGGAACGUGAAAGGAGCAGCUUUCCGCGUUUCUACUUCGUGGGAGACGAAGACCUGCUGGAAAUCAUCGGCAACAGCAAGAACGUGGCUCGUCUUCAGAAGCACUUCAAGAAGAUGUUCGCAGGCGUAGCGGCCAUCAUCCUCAAUGAGGAUAACACUAUCAUCAACGGUAUAGCGUCUCGAGAAGGUGAAGAGGUAUAUUUCACAUCACCAGUAUCAACCGUAGAGAAUCCCAAGAUAAACUCAUGGCUGUCCAUGGUGGAGAGGGAAAUGCGAGUGACGUUGGCGUGUCGCCUCAAAGACGCGGUCGGGGAGGUCAAACAGUUCAAGGACGGAGAUGUAGAUGCGCAGAAAUUCAUUGAGUGGUGUGACAAAUACCAGGCCCAAAUCGUAGUACUAGCAGUACAGAUAUUGUGGUCGGAGGAUGUAGACGCGGCGUUAGCGGGCGGAGGCGGUGAGGCGUUGACUCGAGUGCUGCAACACGUGGAGCAUAUGUUGAACAUACUGGCUGACUCGGUGCUGCAAGAGCAACCGCCGUUGCGACGCAAGAAACUUGAACACCUUAUCAACGAGUUCGUCCACAAGCGUACAGUGACGCGACGUCUCAUCGCAUCCAACGUAAACAGUCCGCGCUCUUUCGAGUGGCUGUGCGAGAUGCGCUUCUACUUUGACCCGAGGAACAAUGAUGUGUUGCAACAACUAACUAUCCACAUGGCGAAUGCGAAGUUCUUAUACGGCUUUGAGUAUUUGGGCGUCCAAGAUCGUUUGGUGCAAACGCCAUUGACAGACCGAUGCUACCUUACAAUGACGCAGGCGUUGGAGGCAAGGCUUGGAGGUUCUCCUUUCGGUCCCGCUGGUACGGGUAAGACGGAGUCUGUGAAAGCUCUCGGCAACCAGCUCGGUCGUUUUGUUUUGGUGUUCAAUUGUGAUGAAACCUUUGACUUCCAAGCCAUGGGCAGAAUCUUCGUUGGUCUUUGCCAGGUCGGCGCGUGGGGAUGCUUCGAUGAAUUUAAUCGUCUCGAAGAGAGAAUGCUGUCGGCUGUAUCGCAACAAGUGCAGACCAUUCAGGAGGCGCUCAAGAGUCAUCAAGAAGGGGACAAUAAUAGUGGCAAAUCCAUAACAGUGGAACUCGUAGGCAAACAAGUCCGUGUAAGCCAGGACAUGGCGAUCUUCAUCACGAUGAACCCUGGCUACGCGGGCCGUUCCAACCUGCCCGACAAUCUGAAGAAGCUGUUCCGCAGUCUCGCCAUGACCACGCCGGACAGGCAACUCAUUGCUGAGGUCAUGCUGUUCAGCCAAGGGUUCAGGACUGCGGAGAAGUUGGCAUGCAAGAUUGUACCGUUCUUCAAACUCUGUGACGAACAACUGUCGAACCAGUCGCAUUACGACUUCGGUCUGCGUGCACUCAAAUCUGUACUGGUUUCUGCCGGUAACGUCAAGCGUGAUAGAAUUCAAAAGAUAAAGGAAAAUUUAAUCGAGCGCGGCACAGAAGUACCGGAUGAGGCGUCAAUAGCAGAAUCGCUGCCCGAGCAAGACAUCCUCAUACAGUCCGUGUGCGAGACCAUGGUGCCCAAACUGGUGGCCGAGGACAUUCCGCUGCUGUUCUCCUUGCUGAACGACGUGUUCCCGAACGUGGGCUACACUAGAGCUGAAAUGACUGGUUUGAAAAACGAAAUUCGCGCAGUAUGCGCAGAGGAAUUCUUAGUUUGCGGCGAAGGUGAUGAGCAGGGCCACACUUGGAUGGAGAAGAGGCGCAGCGCUGCCUCGCGCGCUCAACACAGCACGUGGAUCGAGAAGGUUCUGCAACUGUACCAAAUCUGCAAAUUGAAUCAUGGUCUCAUGAUGGUCGGACCAUCUGGAAGUGGAAAGUCUACUGCUUGGCGUGUACUACUCAAGGCUUUAGAACGGUACGAAGGUGUGGAAGGCGUUGCACACGUUAUCGAUCCAAAGGCUAUGUCGAAAGAAACAUUGUAUGGUGUAUUGGAUCCUAACACUCGUGAAUGGACAGAUGGGUUGUUUACGCAUAUACUAAGGAAAAUCAUCGACAAUGUUCGCGGUGAGAUCAACAAGCGACAAUGGAUCAUCUUCGAUGGUGACGUGGACCCUGAGUGGGUUGAAAACUUGAACUCUGUGCUGGAUGACAAUAAGCUUCUCACUUUGCCCAACGGCGAGCGGCUCUCUCUACCACCGAACGUGCGAGUCAUGUUUGAGGUGCAAGAUUUAAAAUAUGCCACGUUGGCCACAGUAUCUCGUUGCGGCAUGGUAUGGUUCUCGCAGGAUGUGCUGUCAACCGAAAUGAUCUUUGAAAAUUAUCUACUACGAUUAAGGAAUAUUCCUUUGGAGGAUGGUGAGGAGGACUCGUUCAGCAUUGUAAUGGCGGCGCCCACCACCGGAGGAGACCAGAACGCGACUGAAAAUAUCUUGUCACCAGCACUACAGACUCAACGCGACGUAGCCGCGUUCCUGCAGCCUCUGUUCUACGGCGACGGCUUGGUGGUGAAGUGCUUGGAGCGCGCGGCCAGCCUCGACCACAUCAUGGACUUCACCAGGCACCGGGCCCUGUCGUCUCUGCACUCUAUGCUCAACCGUGGCGUCAGGAAUAUUCUGGCCUACAAUAGACAACACCCUGAUUUUCCUAUUACGAACGAACAAUUAGAGGCAUAUGUACCGAAAUGGUUGGUCUAUUCUCUGCUAUGGUCAUUCGCUGGUGACGCCAAACUCAAGGAUCGUAAUGAAUUGGGUGACUUUAUAAGAUCAGCUAGUACUAUGCAACUACCUAACUGCGGGGCAAAUCAGCACAUCAUUGACUUUGAGGUGUCGAUAACUGGCGAGUGGGUGCCGUGGUCGGCGAAGGUGCCUCAGAUCGAGGUGGAGACGCACAAGGUGGCGGCGCCCGACAUCGUGGUGCCCACGCUCGACACCGUGCGACACGAGGCGCUGCUCUACACGUGGCUCGCCGAACACAAACCACUCGUCCUCUGUGGGCCGCCCGGUUCCGGUAAGACCAUGACCCUGUUCUCUGCGCUGCGAGCUCUACCGGACAUGGAGGUGGUGGGGCUCAACUUCUCGUCAGCGACCACUCCCGAACUGCUGCUCAAGACCUUCGACCAUUACUGCGAGUAUCGGAAAACUCCCAAUGGAGUCGUUCUGGCGCCUGUUCAGCUCGGAAAAUGGCUGGUAUUAUUCUGCGAUGAGAUCAACUUGCCGGACAUGGAUCAGUACGGCACACAGCGCGUCAUCUCGUUCUUACGACAGCUACUUGAGCACAAAGGAUUCUACAGAGCAAGUGAUCACUCGUGGGUCCACCUGGAACGCAUCCAGUUCGUGGGCGCGUGCAACCCGCCCACCGACCCCGGCCGCAAGCCGCUGUCGCACCGCCUGCUGCGGCAUGUGCCCGUCAUUUACGUCGACUAUCCCGGAGAGACUUCUUUGGAACAGAUUUACGGAACGUUCACCCGCGCGAUGCUGCGGAUGCAGCCGUCAUUGCGCGGAUACGCGGAGCCGCUGACGCAGGCGAUGGUGAAGCUGUACCUCGCGUCGCAGGAGCGGUUCACGCAGGACAUGCAGCCGCACUACGUGUACUCGCCCAGGGAGAUGACCAGAUGGGUGCGCGGCAUCUGCGAGGCUAUCAGACCUCUAGACAACUUGAGCAUUGAAGGUUUGGUAAGACUGUGGGCGCACGAAGCGUUGCGCCUGUUCCAAGAUCGUCUGGUUGAGGAUGUGGAGAGGCAGUGGACUGACGAGAACAUCGACAAUGUUGCUAUGAGAUUCUUCCCAGGCAUCAACAGAGAGCAAGCACUGGCCCGACCAAUCCUCUACAGUAACUGGCUAAGUAAAGACUAUGUACCAGUUCAAAGGGAUCAAUUACGUGAAUACGUCAAGGCUAGAUUGAAGGUAUUCUACGAAGAAGAGUUGGACGUUCCAUUGGUCCUGUUCGACGAAGUGCUGGAACAUGUGCUAAGAAUCGACCGCAUCUUCCGUCAACCUCAAGGACACCUGUUGCUCAUCGGAGUGUCCGGGGCUGGGAAGACUACUCUCAGCAGAUUCGUUGCGUGGAUGAACGGCCUUAGCAUCUUCCAGAUCAAAGUCCACAACAAAUACACCGGAGCGGACUUCGACGAAGAUCUGCGGUCGGUGCUCCGUCGCGCCGGCUGUAGGGACGAAAAGGUGGCCUUCAUUCUGGACGAGUCCAACGUACUGGACAGCGGCUUCUUGGAGAGAAUGAAUACGCUCCUGGCUAACGGAGAGGUGCCUGGAUUGUUUGAAGGUGACGAGUUUGCAGCUCUCAUGACUCAAUGCAAAGAAGGCGCUCAAAGAGAAGGCUUGAUGUUGGACUCUAACGACGAGCUAUAUAAAUGGUUUACGGGCCAAGUGAUGCGCAACCUGCACGUAGUGUUCACCAUGAACCCGUCGUCCGAAGGGCUGAAGGACCGCGCGGCCACCUCGCCCGCUCUCUUCAACCGUUGCGUGCUCAAUUGGUUCGGCGAUUGGAGCGAUGGGGCGCUAUUCCAGGUCGGCAAAGAGUUCACGACCCGCAUGGACCUGGACUGGUCGGAGUACGUCCCGCCGGAGGAGUUCCCGGCGGCGUGCGGCGAGGUGGGCGCGCGCCCGUCGCACCGCGGCGCCGUCGUCAACGCGUGCGUGUACGUGCACCAGACGCUGCACCGCGCCAACGCGCGCCUCGCCAAGCGCGCCAACCGCACCAUGGCCAUCACGCCGAGACACUAUCUGGACUUUAUCCAGCAAAUGGUGAAACUGUACUCGGAGAAACGCGCGGACCUCGAAGAGCAACAACUGCAUUUGAACGUCGGUCUCGGGAAGAUUGCAGAAACUGUCGAGCAAGUGGAGGAAAUGCAGAAGAGUCUUGCUGUUAAAUCCCAGGAAUUGCAAGCAAAGAACGAAGCCGCCAACGCUAAACUACGUCAAAUGGUCAAAGAUCAACAGGAGGCUGAAAAGAAAAAAGUUGAAAGCCAAGAGAUUCAGGUUGCUUUAGAACAACAAACGAAAGAAAUAGAAGCGAAACGCAAGGACGUAAUGGCUGACUUGGCACAAGUCGAACCGGCUGUCAUCGAGGCGCAAAACGCGGUCAAAUCCAUUAAGAAGCAGCACCUGGUCGAGGUGCGCUCCAUGGGCAAUCCGCCCGCCAUCGUCAAGGUGGCGCUCGAGUCCAUCUGCCUGCUGCUCGGCGAGAACGCGACCGACUGGAAGGCCAUCCGCGCCGUCAUCAUGCGCGAGAACUUCAUCAACAGCAUCGUGUCCAACUUCUCCACCGAGGACAUCACUGACGAUGUCCGCGAAAAGAUGAAGACGCGUUACCUAAGUAACCCGGAUUACAACUUCGAAAAAGUGAACAGAGCCAGUAUGGCCUGUGGGCCUAUGGUGAAGUGGGCUAUUGCUCAGAUUGAAUAUGCGGAUAUGUUAAAACGCGUGGAGCCCCUGCGUAAUGAGCUUAAGGCUUUAGAAGAUCAGGCGCAAAGCAACGUAACGGCUGGCAAUGGAGUGCGCGAUCUGAUAGCCCAGUUGGAGAAGUCCAUUGCUUCAUACAAAGAGGAAUACGCGCAACUCAUCAGCCAGGCGCAGGCUAUCAAAACUGAUCUUGAGAAUGUUCAGGCUAAGGUGGAUAGAUCUAUAGCGCUACUGAAGAGUUUAGUGAUUGAACGUGAGCGAUGGGAAGCCAGCUCAGAGGCGUUCCGUUCACAGAUGAGCACUAUAGUCGGAGACGUGCUACUGUCUGCCGCAUUUAUAGCCUAUGGCGGAUACUUUGAUCAGCAUUAUCGCCAAAAUCUAUUCUCAACGUGGACCACCCACUUGGCGGCCGCUAACAUAAAGUUCCGCGCAGACAUCGCUCGCACGGAGUACCUCAGCAACCCUGACGAGCGGCUGCGCUGGCAAGCGAACGCUCUACCCACUGACGAGCUGUGCGUCGAGAACGCGAUCAUGCUUAAGCGGUUCAAUCGGUACCCCCUAAUAAUCGACCCAUCGGGACAAGCCACUGAGUUCAUUAUGCGCGAAUUCAAGGAGCGCAAGAUUACUAAGACAUCCUUCCUCGACGAUUCGUUCCGGAAGAAUUUGGAAUCGGCUCUCCGUUUCGGUAACCCGUUACUAGUACAGGACGUCGAGAACUACGACCCGAUCUUGAACCCAGUACUGAACAGAGAGCUGCGUCGUACAGGAGGUCGUGUGCUCAUCACGCUUGGAGACCAGGAUAUUGAUCUCAGCCCCUCAUUUGUCAUCUUCUUGAGUACUAGGGACCCGACGGUCGAAUUUCCACCGGACAUGUGUUCUCGCGUCACAUUCGUCAACUUCACGGUGACUCGCUCCUCGCUGCAGUCGCAGUGCUUGCAUCGCGUGCUCAAAGCUGAACGCCCUGACAUUGACACCAAACGCUCCGAUCUGCUCAAACUUCAAGGUGAAUUCCAUCUCCGACUACGGCAGCUAGAGAAAUCGCUGCUCCAAGCACUCAAUGAUGCGAAGGGCAAGAUCCUUGAUGAUGAUUCAGUUAUUGCAACACUUGAAACACUCAAAAAGGAAGCUGAUGACAUUGGUUUGAAGGUCGAGGAAACAGACAAAGUCAUUGCCGAAAUAGAAACCGUCAGUCAACAAUAUCUACCACUAUCCCAAGCGUGCAGCAGUAUAUAUUUCACAAUGGAGGCAUUGCACCAAGUCCACUUCUUAUACCAGUAUUCGCUGAAGAUGUUCCUCGACAUCUUCAGCACAGUGCUGGUGUCGCCAGUGCUGAAUGGAGUCACAGAUUACACCGCCCGACUGAUGACCAUCACUGAAGAAUUGUUCACGGCGGUGUACGAAAGGGUGGCACGAGGUAUGCUGCACACUGACAGGUUGACCUUCGCUUUGCUGCUGUGCCGCAUCCAGCUCAAGGGUACCGGCGCCGAAGAUACCCUCGACCAGCAGUUUGGAGUUUUCCUCCGCGGUCGAGAGGGUCACGUGGCAUCCACGCCACAACUCGAGUCGUUAACGCAGCAACAACAUGAAGCCGCUGCUAGACUUAGUUCCAGACUGGUGUCGUUCCGGCGCCUGCUGGACAAGGCGGCGUCGUUGCCCGAGCUGUCGGCGUGGCUGGCGCAGGCGGCGCCCGAGCAGUGCGUGCCCACGCUGUGGGACGGCGAGCCGUCCGCGCCGCCCAAGCCGCACACGCUGGCCAUGCACCGCCUGCUGCUUAUACAGGCCUUCAGACCGGACCGCGUGAUAGCAGCGGCGACUCAGCUGGUGGCGUCGGUGCUGGGGCCCAGCUUCAUGGCCCGGGCGGAGACGGAGUUCGACCUGGCCAGCAUCACGGAGAAUCAGCUCAAUGCCACCACGCCGGCGCUGCUGUGCUCCGUGCCUGGAUAUGAUGCUAGUGGUCGAGUGGACGAUAUGGCGACGGAACUGAACAAGCCGCUGUCGAGCAUUGCUAUCGGAUCCGCUGAAGGUUUCAACCAAGCUGAAAGAGCUAUUAACACGGCCUGUAAAACUGGACGUUGGGUGAUGCUGAAGAACGUCCACCUGGCGCCAGUGUGGCUGGUGCAGCUGGAGAAGAAGCUGCACUCGCUGCAGCCGCACCCGCAGUUCCGGCUGUUCCUCACCACGGAGAUCAGCCCCAAGCUGCCCGUCAACCUGCUGCGCGCCGGCCGCGUGCUGGUCUUCGAGCCGCCGCCCGGCAUCCGCGCCAACCUGCUGCGAACCUUCGCAACCGUGCCGGCAGCUCGAAUGAUGAAACAACCGUCUGAACGCGCCAGGCUUUACUUCCUACUUGCGUGGUUCCAUGGAAUCGUGCAGGAACGUCUCCGCUACGUGCCGCUGGGCUGGGCCAAGUACUACGAGUUCAACGAGAGCGACCUGCGCGUGGCGUGCGACACGCUCGACACGUGGAUCGAUGCCACUGCUAUGGGUCGCACCAACUUGCCUCCAGAGAAGGUCCCGUGGGAGGCGCUCGUGACAUUGCUGUCGCAGUGCAUCUACGGCGGCAAGAUUGACAACUUGUUCGACCAGCGCUUGUUGCACUCGUUCCUGUGCAAGCUGUUCACGCCGAGGUCAUUCGAAGCUGACUUUGCUCUUGUAGCCAACGUGGACGGUGCCUCUGGAAACCAGCGUCACAUCACGAUGCCGGACGGCAACCGCCGCGACCACUUCCUCAAGUGGAUCGAAGAGCUAUCCGACAGGCAGACGCCGUCGUGGCUGGGACUGCCCAACAAUGCUGAGAAGGUUCUACUAACAACCCAAGGGAGUGAUUUGGUGUCCAAACUAUUGAAGAUGCAACAACUCGAAGACGAAGAGGAGUUGGCUUAUAACGCCGCAAGUCAAGACCAUGAUCCAAAUUCGAUGGUAGUGGAAGGCGACGGGCGACCGGCGUGGAUGAAGACGUUGCACCAAACGUCUACCAGCUGGUUGCAGCUGUUGCCGCAGGAACUGCCGACCCUGCGGCGCACUGUGGAGAACAUCAAGGACCCUCUGUACCGGUUCUUUGAGCGCGAGGUGGCGGCCGGCGCGUCGCUGCUGCAGCAAGUGCUGCACGACCUGCGGAACGUCACCGCCAUAUGCCAGGGCUCCAUGAAGCAGACGAACGAGACGCGCUCGAUGGUGGGCGCGCUGGUGCGCGGCAUGCUGCCGGCGGGCUGGCGGCGCUACGCCGUGGCGCGCGGCUGCACCGUGCAGCAGUGGGUGGACGACUUCGCGCGCCGCGUGGCGCAGCUCGCGCACGUGUCGCGCACCGUCGCCGACAAGGGCGCCAAGCGGUUGCAGAGUAUCCCAGUGUGGUUAGGAGGUCUACUGAACCCCGAAGCGUACAUUACUGCGACCCGCCAGUGCGUGGCGCAGGCUAACUCCUGGUCACUCGAGGAGCUCAACCUACAGGUGACGAUCCCGGACCCCGGCGCGGCGGCGGAGAGCGCGCAGUCGGAGUGGUCGUUCUCGGUGACGGGGCUCAAGCUGCAGGGCGCCACGGUGAAGGGCAACCGCCUGCUGCUCACCAACACCAUCAUGGUGGACCUGCCGCUCACCGUGCUCACGUGGAUAAGAGGUGCGGAGCCGGCGAGCGCGGGGCAGACACUGACGCUGCCGGUGUACCUCAACAGCGCGCGCUCCGAGCUGCUGUUCACCGUGCGCCUGCCCAUCGCGGCCGGCCAGGAGCCGCACGCCUUCUACGAGCGCGGCGUCGCGCUGCUCACCUCCACCGCACUCAACUGAGCACUGCACCACUCACUCGACGCACUGUAGCACUCAUUUGAGCUACUACACUCAUCUGUGGUACUCGACGCACUGUAGCACUCAUUUGAGCUACUACACUCAUCUGUCGUACUCGACGCACUGUAGCACUCAUUUGAGCUACUACACUCAUCUGUGGUACUCGACGCACUGUAGCACUCAUUUGAACUACUUCACUCAUCUGUGGUACUCUUUUGAGCUACUUCACUCAUCUAUUGUAGUUGUUUGAACUACUUGACUUUUUACUACGAUACUCAUUAUAUCCGUUCUACCCAGGUUGUAUCCCUAGUGCUUAAAUAAAUAUGGAAAUGUAACAGUAUAAAAUUAUGAAAUAACAUAAUUCAGUACUCUCAAACUAAAUAGAGAAUAUUUAAUAUCGCUUGUUUUAUUAUUUAUUAUUGUACAUGUAAUAGAAAUGUUAUAAAAUAUUCGUCGCUCGUAUAUGAUUUAAGCAUAUAUAAUUUAUUAUUUACUCGCAAAAUAAAAAAUAUGAAUAUAUAACAAUUU